UCAGUUGUCAUCGUCAGUAUCAUUACCUUAGUGGGUAAAGAAAAAGGAAGGAGAUCACAUUGUGGAUGGUUGGUGAAUGACCCGCUAUCCGCUGUACAAAAAUCUCAAGUCUUCUCCAGUUCUCUCCCGGAUUUCCUCUUUCUGCUUUCUCUUCGACUAACUAGCUACAUUCACUCAGGAAGAUCGUCCCUAGCUCGUCUGGUUUUUUGGCAAGUCCGUGGGAGAAGAUUUAAAAAUAUGAUGACAUAACCAUGGCAAGUUCAUCCAUGAUAUGGGUAACGGGGUUCAGUCUCUUCUUAUUAUCAUCGUUCAGAUUCGGAGUUGCUCAGCCCACCCUCGUCUCUGAUGAAGUGGAGGCUUUGAGGGAAAUAGCGAAGAGAUUGGGGAAGAGGGACUGGAAUUUCAGCGUGGAUCCGUGUAGCGGCCAGUCGGGAUGGACGACGCCCGGGGCGACGUAUCGACGGCUGAACAUCGUCGGCUGCGAUUGUUCCUUGGUCAACAACAGUGCUUGCCACGUCACUAGAAUACUCCUCAAGUCUCAGGGUCUACAAGGAGUGCUCCCGCCGGAGUUGUUUAAGCUUCCGUACCUGAAAGAAAUUGAUCUCACCUUGAACUACCUUAGUGGUGCCAUUCCCCCAGUAUGGGGUUCUAUGCGGUUGGAGAUCAUCUCGAUUUAUGGGAACCGUGUAUCGGGAUCAAUCCCAAAAGAAUUAGGGAGUAUGACCACUCUCAGAGAACUGGUCCUGGAGGCCAAUCACAUGUCUGGAGUUCUUUCUCCAGAGCUUGGGAAUCUAAUCAACUUAGAGAGACUCGUGAUUUCCUCGAACAAUUUCACGGGGCAGUUGCCGGAAAGACUCUCUGCACUGACCAAUUUGAAGGACUUUCGGGUAAAUGAUAACAAAUUCAGUGAGAAGAUCCCUGGUAUUAUAGGGAACUGGACAAAACUUACCAGAUUAGAAAUACAAGCAAGCGGUUUUGAAGGGCCCAUUCCUUCAGAGAUUUCUCUUUUAGAGAACUUAACUAAUUUGAGGAUCAGUGACAUAAAUGGACCUGAAGCAUCUUUUCCUCUAUUAAGUAAGAUGAAAAGCUUGAAGACAUUGAUAUUAAGGAGUUGCAAUCUUACUGGAGAGUUACCUCCAUAUAUUGGGGAAAUGACAGACCUAUUUACAUUAGACCUCAGUUUUAACAAGCUAACAGGACAAGUUAAUAGCAGCUUUAACAGUUUUUCAGAAGUGGAUUACGUGUUUCUAACUGCAAACUUACUGGGUGGUCCUGUGCCUAAACAGAUGCUGGAUAAUGGAAGAUACAUUGAUCUCUCCUACAACAAGAACUUCACAAUAGAUGGCUCAGAUGCACCGGAUUGUCAAGAAAGGAGCAUAAACUUAUUCAGGAGCUCUACGUUUAGAAACAGCUCAAAUGGAGCACAGCCAUGCUUGCAAAGUUCUCAGUGUCGAGAGAAAAAAUUAUAUGAGCUCCAUAUAAAUUGUGGUGGAAAAGAGAGAGAAUUUAAUGGCAGCAAAUAUGAAGCUGAUGAAGAUGUUGGUGGACCUGCAAAAUACUUUGCUGUUAACAAUUGGGCAUUUAGCAGCACUGGUAGCUUCACAGACAAUAAAAAUCCUAAAGAUAACUUUAUAGUGACCAAUGCCUCUGAACUCUUAUUGAAUGAUGCUUUAUUAUACACAACAGCACGCAUUUCUCCCAUCUCUCUCACUUAUAUAGUAUACUGUCUUCUGACUGGGAGUUACACUGUGAGCCUUCAUUUUGCGGAGAUCAUGUUUACAAGUGACAGAAACCAUACUGGCUUUGCAAGGCGUGUAUUUGAUGUUUAUAUUCAGGAAGAAUUAGUGCUGAAAGAUUUCAAUAUAGUAGACGAAGCAGGUGGAGCUUGGAAGGCAGUUGUGAAAAAAUUUCCCUUGGUAGAUGUAAGAAGUCACAUGUUAGAAAUCCGCUUCUAUUGGGCUGGGAAAGGGACAACAAGAAUACCUUCUCCAGGAACCUAUGGUCCUCUCAUAUCUGCCAUCUCUGUGGUACCUAAUUUCCAUCCUCCUCUAGAAGGUGAAAAGAAGAUAUCUACAGGUACUGUGGCUGGAAUUGUGGUUUCCAUAGCAGGGCUUAUCUUCUUUGUUCUGGGUUUCCUUUGGUGGAGAGGCUAUCUGGGUCACAAAAACACAAUGGAUCAAGCUCCUUGGACAGAUCUGACUGGUCUAGACCUACAUACUAGUUCCUUUACCUUGACACAAAUUAAGGUUGCCACAAACAAUUUUGAUGCUGCAAACAAGAUAGGAGAAGGUGGCUUUGGACCUGUUUAUAAGGGUCUUCUAUCUGAUGGCACCAUGAUAGCAGUAAAGCAGCUUUCUUCAAAAUCAAAACAAGGAACUCGUGAAUUUGUGAAUGAGAUUGGCAUUAUUUCUGCUCUCCAACACCCUCACCUUGUAAACCUUUAUGGAUGCUGUGUGGAAGGAAAUCAAUUAUUGCUAGUAUACGAGUACAUGGAAAAUAACAGUCUUGCCCGCGCUUUAUUUGGUAACUUGAGUGCCAUUUUCUUAAAUUGCAUGUUUACUUUUGUAUUGGAAUUGGUAGAUUCUGUUUCUAGAAGAUUACUUUUCUAAUUUGUUUUGAUCUGAUGAUAUGAAGGGCCAGAAGAAUGCCAAUUAAAAUUGGAUUGGAGAACACGGCACAAAAUAUGUGUUGGAAUAGCUAAAGGUUUAGCUUAUCUCCAUGAAGAAUCAAGGUUGAAGAUUGUUCAUAGGGACAUCAAAGCUACUAAUGUACUGCUUGGUAAAGAUCUUCAUCCUAAAAUAUCUGACUUUGGCUUGGCUAAGCUUGAUCCAGAAGAGAAGACUCACUUAAGCACUCGAGUAGCUGGAACCUAUGGAUAUAUGGCACCAGAGUAUGCAAUGAGGGGUCGUUUGACAGAUAAAGCAGAUGUUUAUAGUUUUGGAGUUGUUGCCUUGGAAAUUGUCAGUGGGAGAAGCAACACUAGUUUUUUGGGAAAGGAAGAAUGCGAUUAUCUUCUUGAUUGGGCCCUCAUUCUAAAAGAGAAAGGAAAUUUGAUGCAUCUAGUAGAUCCAAGGUUGGGACCUGAAUUCAACAAAGAUGAGGUUAUAACAGUGAUUAAUGUGGCUUUUCUAUGCACCAAUGCAUCUGCAUCAGUUAGGCCUACCAUGUCUACUGUGGUGAGAAUGCUUGAAGGCCAAACCACUGUUCAAGAAUUUGUUUUAGAUACAAGUAUGUCCAGUCAUGAUUCGAGUGUUGGGACUGUGAUGGAUCAUUAUCAACAGAAUGAAAAUAGCAACAGUGAGAGUGAUAUGCAUAGCCACUUGAUAGGUGAGCCACAGACUAGUAAGUCUUCCACAUCGCCCUAUCAUCUCUUCCCAGUCAGACUGGGAUGUGAAUAUCUGAAUGAAAGAGUGCAGUAGUUUAUGACUUCUGGAUUGUUCUUCUUUGUACAUUGUAUGUAUAUGUUUUGCAUUUGUAUUCACGAUCUUCAUUUUUCCCUACAAAGAUCAGACACUUGGGGUUCUGUGAAAGAUGAGUAUACAGAAGUUCUGGGAAGCUUUUAUGAAAAUCUCCUUAGUGUGAGUUAUAGAAAAUUUAAACAAACUUAUGAUCGAAAAAUAAAUUAUGGGAUUAUCGUAAGUUUGAAUA